CGCGACUCAUUCACUCUGUCAGUUUCAUUCACUGAGCAGUAGGCCCCGUGUGCAGCCCGGGAGACCGCGACAGUGCGGCGUCGCCGACGCGGAACGGGAAACGCUCUGCUUGCUUCACAUGUAAGUACACCGAGUCCGCCAACCACCGGCACCAAUCUAGUUCCAGACUUCCAGUGCUACCGCUACAACUAUCAAACCCGCCGCCGGCCGCCGGCGCCCGCGACGAUGAGUGACCAGGAGGCGCCCUGUCACCUCCACUCCCCCGCCGGCACCGACCCCCCGACGCCGCACCCGCGUCCGCCUCUACCAGCCGCGAGGUCGCGCCCCCUCCGCCUCGCAUUCCUCUGCAUCUCCGUGUCCAUGGCGGCGGCGUGGUUCGUGGAGCCCUUCGCGGCGGCCGCCGCCGCGGCGGAGCUGCCCGCGCCGGCUGUCGCCGCCACGGUCCUGCUCCUCGCCGCCUGCUUCCACGGCACGGUCCACCUCGUCCACUCCUUCGCCGCACCCCGUCGCCCACCCGCGUUCGCCGCCCCGCCGCGACGGUCGCCGUCACCAUCGCGGUCGGGGUCGCGUCCUGCCUUCACGGUGCCUGGGGAGCUCCCCAGGAGCACAUACCGGCUUAUAGCUGAAUGGCAUUCCGGCUUCGGGUAUGUCGUUUCUGUGGUGUAGGUGCUGCGUCCAUUAUACUGAUGUACAUUUUGCAAAGGAAAUAUACCCACAAAUUGUAGGUAGAAGGUUGAAUCCCCAAAUGUGAUUGGGUCCUGACAUGUUGAUUUGUUUGCUCCCCAGUGGUUUGUAACCAAGGGGAAACGUAUGUUGGACCCUCCAAACAUGUUCAAUUGUAUGUCCUCCCAAAUUUGGCUGUUGUUGAUUGAUAACACCAUUGUAAUGUCUGUUUCAAUUUGGCACAAGAGUCGAAAUGAAUUCCCCCUUUUGUGAGUCA